UACCCGGAAAUUUGAACCCGACCCGAAUAGCGAUAAACCCCUAACAAUUCUAACUAGGUUUUUGCGGCGGAACAAUUCUCUAGCACCAAGCUUCGUCUUCAAUGGGUUCCAAGGACAAAGCCAAGAAAUUGAAAGAUGAACGAGGUGCAACUAAAAGCGGCGGAUUGGAGAAGAAAGAAGCUAAAGAGCACAUCGGGACGUUGAGAAAGCUUCAAGAGAAGGAUCCAGAAUUCUAUGAAUUUUUGAAAGAACAUGACAAGGAGCUCUUGGAAUUUGAUGAAGAGGACUUGGUUGAUAAUGAUCAAACAGAGGCAGACGAGGAGGAGGAGGAAGAAGAAACUGAAGUCGAUAAUGUCGAACAAAGUGAGGAUGAAGCUGAAAAGGAAGUGAAGCCUUCCAAAAAUGUGAUUACUAGUGAUAUGGUUGAUACGUGGUGCAAUGAGAUCCGUGAGGGUGCAAAAUUGGGGGCUAUUCGAUCUCUAUUGAGGGCUUUUCGCAGCGCUUGUCAUUACGGCGAUGAUGCUGGGGAUGAUCCGAGUGCGAAACUUAGCACUAUGUCGAGCAGUGUUUUCAAUAAAAUAAUGGUAUUUGUUUUGAAUGAAAUGGAUGGGAUUUUUCGAGGAUUGUUGAAGUUACCCCAGUCUGGGGGAAAGAAGGAGAUGAUUGUGGAUCUAAUGCCGACGAGACGGUGGAAGAAUUAUAAUCAUUUGGUGAAGUCAUAUCUUGGGAACUCACUCCAUGUUCUGAAUCAAAUGACCGAUAAUGAAAUGAUAGCAUUCGUGUUAAGGCGUUUGAAGUAUUCGUCUUUGUUUCUAGCUGCCUUCCCGGCUCUCCAAAGAAAGUACAUCAAGGUUGCUCUUCACUUCUGGGGUACAGGGAGCGGCGCACUGCCAGUUGUCUCCUUUUUAUUCUUGAGAGACACGUGCAUACGGCUGGGUUCCGACUGCCUUGAUGAUUGCAUCAAAGGAAUGUAUAAAGCAUUCAUCAUAAAUUGCCACUUUGUCAAUUCGACAAAAUUGCAACACAUCCAGUUCCUGAGUAAUUGCUUCACCGAACUUCUUCACGUGGACCUUGCAUCAUCGUAUCAACACGCCUUCGCAUACAUCCGACAAUUAGCCAUGAUAUUGAAAGAUGCUCUCACAUGUUCGCCCAGAAAGAAGAAAGGUAAAACCAAGGGGAAGGAUGAACCGUCCGUUUCUAAGAAAGAUAAGGCAAAGGAAGCACCUUCGGGUUCCAGCAAAAAGGAAACUCACAGAAAGGUUUAUCAGUGGAAGUUCAUAAAUUGCCUUGAGCUCUGGACGAGCGUGGUUUGUGCUUACAGCUCGGAUCCUGAAUUGAGGCCACUUGCUUAUCCGUUGACUCAAAUUAUUACCGGAGCUGCUCGUUUAGUCCCGUCUGCUUGUUAUUUCCCCCUCAGAUUGCGGUGUGUGAGAAUGCUCAACCGAAUCAGUGCUUCAACCGGUUCCUUCAUACCCGUUUCUCUUCUUCUGGUGGAUAUGUUAGAGAUAAAAGAAUUGCAUAGACCUCCCACCGGAGGAGUGGGUAAAGCUGUCGAUUUGUUUUCCAUUUUGAAGGUCGGGAAAUCUACCUUGAAAACCCGAGCAUUUCAAGAGUCUUGUGUUUUCUCUGUCGUUGAGGAGCUGGCGGAACAUCUUGCUCAGUGGAGUUACUCUAUUGGGUUCAUGGAGCUUGCUUUUGUUCCUGGUGUUCGAUUGAGAAACUUCUGUAAGUCCGUGAAGGUCGAGAGGUUUCUUCGCGAAAUUAGGCAUCUCCUCCGUCAGAUCGAAGCAAAUUCUGAGUUCAUAAACAAGAAACGGGCAACAAUCUCGUUCUUGCCGAAUAGCCCUGCUUCCGAAACCUUCCUUGAGGAUGAGAAGAAGUCAGGCAACAGCCCCCUGUCGAAAUAUGUCGCGACUCUACGCCAAAGAGCUAAAGAAAGAACCGAUGCAUUGAUGGAAUCCAGUGUCCUGGUGGGAGAUGGCUCUUCGAAAUUUGGAAACAAGAUAACCGAUGACGAUGAUGAUGAAGACAACGAUGGCUCAGACGAUGAAGAAAACAGCGACGAUCAGCAGCAAGGGCGCUUUUCCAAGCCUAAGAACCAGAAGAACGACGCUAAGAAGAAAAGAAAACACUUGGAAGAGACGGCGACGGAGGAAGACAUCGUAGAGGAUUUCAUUCUCAGCUCUGGUGAAGACAGCGACAAUGAGGGAGAAGAACAUAGUGAUCCUGAACCGAAGAACACGCGAAAACAGCCUACGCCAACACCAAAAAACAAAAAGAAGUCGCGGCCUCGCAAUCGCAAGCAGAAGAAGAGGAAGACAACUUAAUUUCAUUCGACUUAGUUCUUCAGCUCCAUGAGCAAAAUGGCAUCUGUCUCCGUAGGUGCAAGAGCCAUUGGCGAACUUGUCGCAGAGCUUGGUUUUGUAGUAGAUCCCGGGGUUAUGGCCAGACGACAACGACAUGGGGUUCUUACUGGGCAGUCCUCCUGUGCCCGCGUUGAUAUUCACUAUGAGUUCCCGGACCAUUUGGCUGGCCUGCUUGAUCUGAUCAAAAGUGCCCUCGAGUUCAAUGUUCCGAAGAUUGGGAUCAGAUUCGUGUUCUCUUAUAGAAAGCUUGGAUCCCGUCGUGCGGCAUAUUUGCUUGGAGUUUAUGCCAUUCUUGCCAAUAAUGGCACCUGCCAUGGAAGCGUCGAUGCUGAUUUUAGCAGUGGCCGAGGCUCCAAAUCCGGAGGCUGAUCUGGGGUUAGCACCGCCGUAUCUUCCGGGCAUGGAAUGAGGGUCUUCAAAAGACGGCGCGGAUUGUCUGCCGAGCUCGCGUUGGCCGUGGGCAAAACGGCAUUUGUCCCCAAACUUGCAACCCUCUGGAGUGUUGAAUUUGCUGCACAGUCGAGUCUUGACGGCGGGUGGGGAAGAUCCGUCCGGGAAAGAUGGAGAGGCUAUUGAAUUUCUGGAAGUGGGUGGGAGAGCGGGGUUGGUGCCGAGCAUUUGAGUGACGGCUUUGAUGCCCCCGGGUAUAUAGUGCGAGAAGUGACAUCCCUCCCCGAACGAGCAUCCAGAAGGACUG